AUGUCCCUUGCGCUGGCAUUUCCAGGCGUGGCGUCCAGGGCAAACGUGAGCCUCGCGCCUCGCCGUCUACAGGAUACAUACACCUUCCUGACAUCGCAGCUGAACUGCCAGAUGUGCUGCGAGGAGGAGUGGCGGUCGUGCCUUUGCAUGCUGAGUUGCGACAUUUUCCAGGGCGAAUGCGAUGGUGUCGAGGAAGUGGAGACGUGCAACGUCGUGCGUGCGUGCUACAGGAGGAUCGACGAUGCUUCCCCAAGAGGCUUCGACUUCGAGUGGCAGUGUCGUUUAAUGAAGUGCAUCUCCUACUGCCUGAGGCACUCGGAGGUUUGCGAGCCAAUUCGGAACGAGUUCGUCGCGGACUGCAACCGAGGGCGUGAGGGCGAGCUUCAAGCUUGUGAUGUGGUGUGCUCACGGGUGCGGCCAAGAGCGUUACUGCCGUGGACGCUUGCCGCCUUUCUAGUGAUCGCCUGCACCGACUUAUCGUGGAGCUGCGUGCCCGAUGAGCCCGUGCGAAGACGCCACGGGACAAAGAUGCUUCUUAGAAAGACUGAGACGCCUUCGAGACGUGAACAGCGGGAUAGAUCCACUGAUCUUGACCCGGGGCUCGCCGGGGGCUUGUAA